AUGCCUCCCGUUCCUAAAUACAAACACCUAUCCGGCCAUCAAAAACGUAAGAGGAAGAAGCUAGAGGAAGAGAAAAGAAAGGCGGACGAAGUAAAACAAAACCGAAUACACAAGUUUUUUUCAAAAGAAACUCAAAGUUCUAGUUCUAACUUGGGUGAUGAUAAUGUGGGUGAUGAUAAUGUGGGUGAAGACAAUGUUAAUGCUACCGUAGAUGAAGAAGCUAAUGUGGGCAAAGACAAUAUGAACGUAGAUGUAGACAACAUGAACGCAGGUGAAGAUAAUGUUAAUCUCAUUCCGGAUAUUGAUAUUUUUGAUCCUAGAAAUUGGGGUGGGCUUAGUAAUGACAUGAUUAAAGAGUUGGUUAUGAAAGGUCCAAAAAGAGAUAGGGAUGUUGUUAAGGGCCCCGUGGAUAAAUUUGGAAGACAUUUUUCUAAUACCAUGUACACCAGAAUUCUAUCAAAUAGGGAGACGUGCGAUAGAGAAUGGCUAGUGUAUUCGAAAAAACUUGACAAACUCUAUUGUUUUUGUUGUAAAGUUUUUAGAACGGGGCAUCCGAAAGGUGGGUUGGAUGAUGAAGGUUAUAACGAUUGGAUACAUGCCAGUGGUAGACUUAAACAACAUGAAGUUGGUUUAGAACAUUUGAAGAAUAUGAAUGAAUGGUUUGAAUUGCACCAACGGUUGAAAUGCAAUGAAACAAUUGACAAAUCGGCAUAUGAGCAAUUUAGAAAAGAAAAAGAUUAUUGGAAACAAGUCAUCUUAAGGAUUGUUGCACUUGUGAAGUUUCUUGCAAAAUAUGGCUUAGCGUUUCGUGGGUCAAAUGAGAAGUUGUAUCAAAAAGGCAAUGGAAACUUUUUGGGUUUGGUUGAGAUGUUGGAAGAGUUUGACCCCAUUAUGAAAGAACAUGUGCGCCGAGUUUUGAAUGAUGAGUGCCAUGUACACUUUCUUAGCCACAAUAUUCAAAACGAGUUGAUACAAUUAUUAGGGGAUAAAGUUAGAACCGAAAUCAUCAAGAAGGUUAAGCAAGCAAAGUAUUACUCCAUCAUCCUCGAUUGCACGCCUGAUACAAGUCACCAAGAGCAAAUGUCCAUAAUUGUGAGGUAUGUGAAUUUUAACUCUAGUUCCGUGACCAUUGAGGAAUCCUUUUUAGGUUUUUUGGUUGUUGAUGAUACCACGGGUUUAGGACUUUUUGAAGUAACAUGUAAGGAAUUAGAGUCGCUAGAUCUUGAUAUUGGUGAUAUGCGUGGUCAAGGCUACGAUAAUGGGGCAAACAUGAGAGGAAAAAACAAAGGAGUUCAAACUAGAUUUUUAGAAAAAAAUCCUAGAGCUUUCUAUAGUGCUUGUGGUUGUCAUAGUCUAAACCUAGCAUUGUGGCAAAUUUUGAAAGACAAUGUUAAAGGAUUAACUCUUAAAUCAUUGUCUACGACUCGUUGGGAAAGUCGUAUAGAUAGUAUUAAGCCUAUAAGAACUCAACUUGGAGAUGUAAGAAAGGCUUUGCGAGAAGUUAGGGGGACGGAUAGAGAUGCUAAAAUCAUAAGUGAAGCUAAAUCAUUAGAAGAGUAUGAACUUGGUGAAUGUGGUGAGCAAACGGUUGCAAGCAAAAGAAGAAGUGUAGAAGAAGUAACAUAUAGGAAAAAACAAUUUGAUGAAUCGUCAAGUGUAGAAGAAGUAACAUUUUCACCCGAGGAGGAUUUUAGAGUAAAUUAUUUUUUAAGUAUUGUUGAUCAAGCUAUUUUUUCACUUGAAACAAGAUUUGAACAAUACCAAAAAUUCGAAAAAAUAUUUGGGUUUUUGUUUCCUAAAAAGUUGAAGACUCUUGAUGAAGCCAAGCUUAAGGAGUGCUGUUAUCGCCUUGAAGAUGCAUUGAAGUAUGAAGGAGAAUCGGAUAUUGAUGCUAAAGAAUUGUAUACGGAGUUGAAGUUGAUUACUACAUUUUUACCGAGACACAUUGACAACCCUUUUGACGUUUUAGACUAUAUCUUCCAACGCAGUACUACUUAUCCUUAUGCUAUAAAUGCAUAUAAAGUGUUGUUGACAAUUCCGGUAACCGUUGCAUCAGCGGAAAGAAGUUUCUCAAAGUUGAAGUUGUUGAAGACCUAUUUACGUUCUACAAUGUCACAAGAAAGGCUAAACGGGUUGGCAACAAUAUCUAUUGAAAGUGAAAUAUUAGAUACUAUGGAUUACAAGGAGUUGAUCGAGAGCUUUGCUUCAAAAAACGCUAGGAGAACCACACUGUUUGCUUAG